CAUGGAGCCGGGCGGCGCGGCGGGGCGACGCGGCGGCUCGCUGGCGCUGCUGACCGACCUCUACCAGUUCACCAUGGCGUACGGCUACUGGCGCGCCGGGCGGCACCGCGAGCCCGCCGCCUUCGAGCUCUUCUUCCGCCGCUGCCCCUUCCAGGGCGCCUUCGCCCUCGGCGCCGGCCUGGGCGACUGCCUGGCCUUCCUGCGCUCCUUCCGCUUCUCCCGGGCAGAUAUCGAGUACCUCAAGUCUGUCCUUCCUGUUACCACUGAGGAAGCCUUCUUUGAAUACUUGCACACAGUCGACGCCUCUGAAGUUUCCAUCUCGUCUGCUCCGGAGGGGUCCGUUGUCUUUUCCAGGGUGCCAUUACUUCAGGUGAGAGGCCCCUUGUUGGUGGUCCAACUUAUGGAGACCACCCUGCUGUGCCUGGUGAACUAUGCUAGUCUGGUGGCUACAAACGCUGCCCGGUUCCGACUUGCAGCAGGUCCAGACAAGAAGCUGAUGGAGAUGGGAUUGCGUCGGGCUCAGGGACUGGACGGAGGCCUCUCCGCGUCCAAGUAUUCCUACGUGGGGGGUUUUGAUUUUACCAGCAACGUCCUCGCUGGGAAACUCUACGGGAUUCCUGCACAGGGAACGUUGGCUCAUUCCUACGUGUCCUCUUUUACCUCCGUGGAUGAUGUAAACCCACGGAGCCUGCUGCCCCUGACUGGGGAGGAGCCCGUGGACUUUCCAACCUUAGUGGAGAAGUGGUUAACCCAAGUGUGCCAAUUACUCCAUGUCCCGCUGGAGAGGGUGAGUGGCGGAGAGCGGGCGGCCUUCAUGUCCUACGCCAUUGCCUACCCACACAACUUCCAAGGGCUGGUGGACACCUACUGCGUCAUGAGGAGCGGCAUCCCCAACUUCUGUGCCGUCGCCCUCGCGCUGAACAAGCUGGGGUACCGAGCCAUCGGGGUCCGCCUGGACAGUGGGGACCUGGCCAAGCAGUCUGUGGAGAUCCGGCAUGUGUUUCGGACCUGCAGCAAGCACUUCCACAUCCCUUGGUUUGAAGCGAUACCCAUCACCGUAAGCAAUGAUGUCAGCGAACAGAGCUUGGAAGAAUUGUCUCGAGAGGGCAAUGAAAUCAAUAUGAUUGGCGUUGGGACCCACCUGGUGACGUGUCCUCUUCAGACGACCUUAGGCUGUGUCUACAAGCUGGUCGAAGUCAACGGCUCUCCAAGGCUGAAGGUGACUGAAGACCCAGAGAAGACAACCUUGCCCGGAAGGAAAGUGGUCUACAGACUUUGGGAUGCUGCAGGAUUCCCAUGUAUGGAUCUCAUGGCACUGGAGGAAGAGUCAGCUCCUGAGGCUGGCCAAGAGGUUGAGUUUUGGCCUCUAGGAGGAACUGAGAAGGCUGGGAAAUUGAUUCCUGCUGCAGUAGAAAUCCUUCACCGCGUCUACUUCAAAGAUGGAGAGAUUUGCCAGUCCCUUCCCAGCCUCAUGGAGAUCAAGGCUCAUGCGCAGACAUCAUUGGAUAAGCUUAGUCCCGCCCAUAAGAGGCUGCAGGAUCCAGAGGCCUACCAGGUACAGGUGUUGGUGAGAAACUGUGGACCAGUUUCUGGCCCUUUUAAAUCCCAUUUUGUUCAGACAGGGUAUAUUAAAAGGGUAUAGAAAGAAAUGCCUCUAAUAUUGGACUAGUGAGCAUAAAAUAGACCAAGGAGAGAUGGAAUUGGGGGUCUGAUCUCUUAUAUGGGUAGUCCUUGAUUUAUGACCAUUGAUCUAGAGGAAGAAUUGGCAAGGUGUUUUGGACAAAAGUCCCGGUGGUCCUUACCAUAAAGUAGCUGGGGUGGGUGUCACACUUGUGGAGGUUCCUCCACAGCACUCAGGAAUGGAUUCUUGAGAUGGUUAAUUCGGGAACACCAACUGUUUUUAUCAUAUGCGCAGCUGUCACACCUGGCUUGUACCCCUUUGGUCCACUCCACACUGUAGCUCCCACAGCAACUGUCCCCAUAAGCCAGUAUGGGAUUGACAAGACUGGGAGAACCCCCUCCCCACAGCCCUAGGCUGGACAUGCAACCUGC